GUUGUUCAAAAUUGUUUCAGUUACUCCUGUUAUUAUACCUUUUUUUUUAAGUUCCCCCAAUUUCCACUCUACAAUGGAAAUAGUGUUACUACACUAUUCUGUGUUUAGUUAAUCGUCGAUAUUUUUCUUUCUUCUUUUUAUAUUAGUUUUAAUCAUUUUGUGUUUUCUGUUGCACUUAUUUACUGCAUGUUUACACAUUUAUCAUCAUAUCAGAAAAUAUAAGCAUAUAUUGAAAUAUAUAUUUAAAUAUUCUCAGAGGGUAGGACCUUAUUCCAAAUUGAUUGUCGAGUGACAAAUUAAGCUCAAUAAAGUUUUUGGGCAGGUACCAGAUGCAAUUCUAAAUUAUGCCUUAGGGAAAACAAACUCAAAAUCUACAAGGAUCCUUUGAUGUACUUUCCUGUAAGUUCUCUAAAUACUACAGUUUUGCUUCUUCACAUGCCCAGAAUAAACAAAGGGCCAGGUCCAGUAAAAGAAUAUCUCCAUUUGCAAUUGUAUACAAGAUCUGAAUCUGGGAUUUCAGUCCUACAAGAUAUACUUUGAAUGGAGGAGUCCCAGUGUUUGCUCAAACUCCUGGAGCCAGAGGUUUUCCAAAGGACACUGAAGGAGAAAGGAUAAGGAGGUGGAGUAGAAAGGGAAUAUGUAACAGGCCAACACACUUCAGAAAACUCCAGUCAGUGAUAUAUAACUUUGCUAUUUUAGAGUGUUUACAUACAUGAGUAUUCACUGCGGCUUCCUUCAAAAACAGAAGUUUCCCAUCCAACCAGUUAUGGCAUUUCUUGUAAGCUGUAACUUCAGGAGAUCUUGGUAAAUAUGAUAUUCUUUAAGGAUGCCCCUAUGGCUGUAUAUUCCUUGGCCAUAAAUAUAAUUCCAGAUAUUCCCUUUGCAAACCACAGGGAUGGAGCCAUUACUUGGCAAGACUGUGGAUGCAGUGAAUGAAACAUAUUUUAGUGAUGGAGCGCAUUUCUCAUAGUAUUGAUUUAUUAAACUGAUUAGUGAGAUACAUGAUCCAUGCAUGGAUAUUGCUAGGACUUUGUAGCUUUUAAUUUCAGCAGUCUUGAAAUUCCCUUAAAAAUUUUGGGGCUAGGAAGAAACACAGAGAAGCUCUUCCUUCCUUUUCCCUUGUAUCUCAUGUCACAGAUGGUUGGCAGCCAAGAUGCUGUGGUCCUAAAUACAUGAGAUUUAGGGAAGGAAAUAGGCAAACUAAUUCCUGGGUUAAGCUAAUCUCAAAAAGCACUUUGGGAAGAAGCUUGAAAUGGAUUUGUAAAGAGAGGGUUUUUUUCAAGAAUAUUUUAUAGAAAGAAUCAGCUUUGAUGCCUUGGCUGAUAUUCUUGCAGAAUGGCAGAUGUGAUUAAUGGUAAGUAUAGCAGCAAAAAAGUCACCACUGAAUUAAACUGUGGUCCUGCAAAAAUAAUCAACAUUGAACUAAAUUCCUAUAGUGGAAUAAGUCUGCAAACAAAAGAUCUGAGAGUAUCUGAAGCAAAAAGCUUCAUUUAAUUAUAUUCCCAGUCCCAGGUAAUUAAAGUACAUUGGGAAUAUCUGAUCUGUCAUGAACAAUCCGACAUAAUAAAGUAACUCAGACUAUUCCACGACAAUAUUUAACAUGCUCAAGAAAUAAAUCUAACACUUGAUACAGCAAUUCUGACAUCAGCCAGAUCUUGUUCAAUGGGAUUUUUGUAGUACGCAGAAGUUGUGCCCAUGACAAUUGACAGGUACUGGGAAUGCCUGAGACAAAAGAAAGCUCUCAGUAUGCUGCAUAACAACCUGAUUACCCAGAGAUUGAAAUAUUUUUGUUUCCUUUAAGUCCAGCAGCCCUACUAUGCUAGCACUUGCUACCCAAAAGUACAGAAGGAAUACGUCUGUCCCAAUGGGUCUGGGCAGAGUGAAGGAUAAAGUGGUGUCACCCUCUAUAUCUUGUGUUCUACCAUCGGAACUCAGAAUUUUGGAAACCUCAAGUAGUCAAUAAAAAGCUAAAAAUAUGACUGGUCAAAUAGCUCACAACCUGCAGACAAACCUACACUUGGUAUAAGCAUGGCAUGAGAAUUUAUGCAGGUGCAUGACAGUCAACAUCUCCAGUGGUAGAGGUGCAAACGUCCAAUGAUAAGAUGAGAGCCUAUAUAAUCUAAACUUAUUUCUGAUGGAUAAAUGCUAAAGUAGCAAAGAAGUCGUAACAUCACCCUUAACAUUCCUAAAGAUUCAACAGAGAUGAGAUGCAAUUUUUAUCCCUCUAUCCUUAACCUUAUGGAGUCAAAGAAGUAAUGUGUAAGGAAUCAGUUCUCUUUGUCUGACAGCCUCUCAAUAUGGGGAUGCUGAUGGAUGAUUUAUGGAGGUGCACUAAUACUUCUACUACAACUUCUGUGAAGAUACUUCAUGCUGUGAAAUGGACUGAACCUAAGAUGGCCAUAAACCUGUGCCACUGCUACACAGACAUUUAUUUAUUGAGACAACUUCAUAGAUGGCAAGUGGAGUGAAGGUCAAUAGACAUGAAUCAGUCCUUCUUUUGCAGAUGUGAAAUAAUUCAGUAAGAGUUAUCAUCCUGAAAUUUUUAUUUAGGUCACAGAUAUUGAACAUGAGUUGCUGUCCACCCUUCUUCCUUGAUGCUAGAAAAAUACGUGUUCUUGCGCAAUUGGGAUGACAUAAAUUUUAUGAGGAAAGAUGGGUCCUCCCGACUUGAAAUGAUCCCACAGGUGGGUCCUCCCUGCUGGAAAAUGAUCGUGUUUCCUCUGAAACUGAGGCCAACCUUUCAGACCCAGUGAUCUCAGUUUAUAGGACAAGGAACAUUGGAGUCAUAGAUAAGUUUGUCAUCAGACAUUCACAUUGGUCUAUAAUAGCACAAAGGAUAAAAAUAAAACCCUCAAUCACUGUUUGACUUACACUGUAACUUUCUUCAGAGAAUGUAUUAGGAAGUAUUUAAGAAAUAGUCAUUCCUAUAUAAAAAACUCUUAUUCUGAAAGUGUUAGUGUUGUUAUUUUUUCCCUGCAGUAUCAUAUUCAUUAAUGUUUCAGAUUAUUUCAUUGUUCAAGGUCUUUCAACUUCUUUAUAGUUCUUCUGUUAUGUAGUGCCUGUGGGUUUUAUACAGAUGCAUACAUUUGUACAAUGAUUUAGGAUGGAAAUUAAAAGCUUUCUUAAUAAGAGAGGAGUGAAACUCUGGAAUAAUCAUCCAGAAUAAAUGGGAAAUAAUAACUUCGUUUAAGUUGAAAAUCAAGCAGUUUAUGGAAAGAGGGAGCCAAUGUAGUUGCCUACAGUAAUCUAGGGAACUGAUCUCAAGCACCUGAGAGGCCCUUUCAGUUUCAUGCUCUUCUAAGUGUAUAAUAUAAAUUUUAAUUUAUAAUCUAGAUGCUGGGAAAGAAGAAAGAUUUUAAAAGGUGUCUUUUCCAUGCUAUCUCAUUCUCCAGGAUAUGCUGUAGUUAUUUAUAAAUGUGUAACCACCAGCUGCCUUUUUUCACAGAUUUUUUUCUCUCUCAAAAAUACACUGAUAAGCAGCAAACAAGGAACAACCACAGGGCUACAGACAUUUGUAUGUAACUAUUUAUAUUCAAAAGCAGUACAGCAGGGAUAUACAAAAAACAUGAAAAGCAAAUUAAUAGGAUUUCUUAUGAACUUUUGGAUUUCUUUUUCACUUGCUUUGUAUUUUCACAUCGGAGAAAGAGAAGAGAAAUGCAUAAUUGAAGAUAUUCCUAGCGACACAUUGGUAGUUGGGAAUUACAAAGUACAACGCUGGGAUAUACAUAAACACGACUUUCUUGAAUCUGCUCCUGGUUUGGGAAUGUUUGUGACUGUCACAAGUCCUUCUGGUGAGGUGCUAUUGUCAAAACUGUAUGGGCCACAAGGGACAUUUUCUUUUACAUCCUACCUCUCUGGGGAGCAUAUCAUCUGUUUCCAGUCUAAUUCCACAAGAUUUGCAGUAACUGCAGGAAGUAAACUGCGUAUCCACUUGGACAUCAGAGUUGGGGAACAUUUUUUGGAUGAAUCUGCUAUUCAAGCCAAAGACAAAGUGGAUGAAGUUAAUGUCAGACUAGAACAUCUAAUCGAGCAAAUUCAUCACGUAACCAAAGAACAAGACUAUGAAAGAGAGCGUGAAGAAAAAUUUCGGAAGACAAGUGAAGAAACCAACAGCAAUAUUUUGUGGUGGGCUAUAGUACAAACACUAAUCCUCAUCUCCGUUGGAAUCUGGCAAAUCAAAUCUCUCAGGGAUUUCUUUAUAGCUAAGAAGCUUGUUUAAGUUGUAUAAAGUCAAUGCACAGAUACAAAAAUUGCACGCCAUUUAACACUGAACAUCCAAAGAAACCCUGCACCUGUGAGAAAAUUGCUUAUAUGGAACUCUCAACCUUCUCUCAUCUUCUGCUCUAACUCUGGUUUCUCCACCUGUGUCACAACUUCUGGCAUCCCCUUAUGUUGUACUCCUUGAAUCCCAUAUUUUAUCAAGUCUUUCCCCCCUCUACAGAUGUAAAGCUAAAUAUAGAAGAAGGAGUCAGUGACUAAGGCAGCAUCUAAGUUCAGCUAAUAACUGUAAAAUCUAAAAUAGAAAUCUAAAAUAAAGUUUCCUAAGAUUUUAAAUUUCUCUACAUGCUGAGUAAUGUUAUUUGGCACUACCAUGAACAGUUCAGCACUUCAGUCUGACUAGGAUUUAGAUAGUAAACAGAGAAAUAAUUACAUCCCCUGUGGUGCUUAAUUGGGUGAGAGUGUCUUGAACUCAAUCUAUGUAUGUGUAACACCUAAAUAUAAUUGUGACUGCUUUCUUGUAAAAUAUUCAGAGUUUGAACUGAUCAGUGGUGGCAGCAAUUACCAUGGAAGAGAGAGACCCAGAAAAACAAUUUAGAAUUGUACUUACUUUUUACUUCCAUAAAAGCACUAAACACUAGGCUAGAGAAUUGAUGAUGAUCAGAUGCCUCCCACAGUUGUUUAUGUAAAUUAUAGUCUUUAUGAAAUAUGCCAAAGUAACUCAAAUUAUAGGUUUCUUGGUAAACAAUGCCAAUUUUAUUGUAAUUCAUUCCUGUACUAAGCAUUUCUGGGUUGAGAAUUUUUAUUAUUUUAAUUAUUGAGCAACUUUAAUGACUGCCUAUAGGAACUUACCAGUUUUUGACUUAAUUUUCCAUUUCACUUAUUGCAGCUCAGUUGCAUAUAGCUUUAUACCUUAAUUUAGCUAGUUUAGGUACAACUAGCAGUGCAACUAGAGUAUCAUACAAUGACAAUUCAAAAGCUGUGGUUAAAAAUCCGGAUAAUUAGCUUGACAAAGCAGCAGUAGUGUAAGAUGGAGUUGCAGGUGGUUACAUAUAUAGACAUGGAAGACGAAGUUUCUAGAGCACUGUGAUAGCAAAAUAUUGUGGUUUGUUUUCCUACCUGUCUUUUUAGACCCUUUGAUAGUUUAAAAGGUAGUGAAAGCUAAAAUAUCUGUAGACCAAUUAUUGUUCUAAAGGCACUGCUUUCUUUCUCUUUUUCUAUCUCUUCACCUGUUGUUUUCAUUAGCAAGGAAAUGACAUUGCCCUUUAAGUCCACUUAUAUUUUCAGCACGGGAAUUAAAAUACAGCUGGGAGUAUGUGAGAAUCAUUAAAAUUGAUACAAAGUAUAGACAAAAAGCAAUGUUCCAGGGACCAAAUCAAUCAAAAUAAAAUCUCAUCAAGCUAC